AUGAAGAAACUGAUUCUUCAUAUCUAUCUUCAAUUAUCUUUUCAUAUAUAUCUACUUAUCUCUCUCUGUCUCUCUUAUUAUCUGAAGGGGUGUCCGGUACUCUCUCUCUCUAUCUCUCUCCCUCUCUCUAUCUCUCUCUUUCUCUCUCUCACUGGCCUCUUCCCACCUUGGCUUUUUCUUUUUCUUUCCUCAUCUAUGUUUUCUUUCUUUCUUUCUUUCUUUUUCGUGCAUUCACCGUUUCUUUGUUUUUAUAGUUUUUCUUUCGUUUUUCUCUCUUCAAUCAUUUUGUCUUUCCCUUUUUUCUUUUUUCUUUUUCUUUCCUUAUUCAUAUUUUUUCUUUCUUUUUCAUACUUCCUUCUUUUUCCUUUCGUCAUUCUUCUUUCUUUCUCUCUCUCUCUCUCUCUCUUUUCAUUCCUUUGUUCUUUUCUCAUCUUAUUCUUUCUUUCUUCCUUUAUUUCUUCUUUUCUUUUCUUUCUUUCUUUUUCCGAAUUAUUCUUUCUUUCUUUCUUUCUUUCUUUCUUUCUUUCUUUCUUUCUUUCUUUCUUUCUUUCUCCAAAGUAUUAUUUCUUUCUUCCUUUAUUUCUUCUUUUCUUUUCUUUUCUUACUUUCUUUCUUUUUUCUUUUUCCGAAUUAUUCUUUCUUUCUUUCUUUCUUUCUUUCUUUCUUUCUUUCUUUCUUUCUUUCUUUCUUUCUUUCUCCAAGGUAUUCUUUCUUUCUUCCUUUCGUUCUUUUUUUCUUUUCUUUCUUUCUUUCUUUCUUUCUUUCUUUCUUUCUUUCUUUCUUUCUUUCUUUCUCCAAAGUAUUCUUUCUUUCUUUCUUUCUUUCUUUCUUUCUUCCUUUCUUUCUUCUAUUCUUUUCUUUCUUUCUUUCUUUCUUUCUUUCUUUCUUUCUUUCUUUCUUUCUUUCUCCAAAGUAUUCUUUCUUUCUUCCUUUCUUUCUUCUUUUCUUUUCUUUCUUUCUUUCUUUCUUUCUUUCUUUCUUUCUUUCUUUCUUUCUUUCUCAAAGUAUUCUUUCUUUCUUCCUUUCUUUCUUCUUUUCUUUUCUUUCUUUCUUUUUUCUUUCUUUCUUUCUUUCUUUCUUUCAUUCUCCAAAGUAUUCUUUCUUUCUUCCUUUCUUUCUUCUUUUCUUUUCUUUCUUUCUUUCUUUCUUUCUUUCUUUCUUUCUUUCUUUCUUUCUCCAAAGUAUUCUUUCUUUCUUUCUUUCUUUCUUCUUUUCUUUAUUUCUUUCUUUCUUUCUUUCUUUCUUUCUUUCUUUCUCCAAAGUAUUCUUUCUUUCUUCCUUUCUUUCUUCUUUUCUUUUCUUUCUUUCUUUCUUUCUUUCUUUCUUUCUUUCUUGAAAGUAUUCUUUCUUUCUUUCUUUCUUUCUUUCUUUCUUCUUUUCUUUUCUUUCUUUCUUUCUUUCUUUCUUUCUUCUUUUCUUUUCUUUCUUUCUUUCUUUCUUUCUCCAAAGUAUUCUUUCUUUCUUCCUUUCUUUCUUCUUUUCUUUUCUUUCUUUCUUUCUUUCUUUCUUUCUUUCUUUCUUUCUUUCUUUCUUUCUCCAAAGUAUUCUUUCUUUCUUCCUUUCUUUCUUCUUUUCUUUUCUUUCUUUCUUUCUUUCUUUCUUUCUCCAAAGUAUUCUUUCUUUCUUUCUUUCUUUCUUCUUUUUUUCUUUUUCUUUCUUUUCUUUCUUUCUUUCUUUCUUUCUUUCUUUCUCCAAAGUAUUCUUUCUUUCUUCCUUUUUUUCUUCUUUUCUUUUCUUUCUUUCUUUCUUUCUUUCUUUCUUUCUUUCUUUCUUUCUCCAAAGUAUUCUUUUUUCUUUCUUUCUUUCUUUCUUCUUUUCUUUUCUUUUCUUUCUUUCUUUCUUUCUUUUUCCGAAUUAUUCUUUCUUUAUUUCUGUGAAGUAUUCUUUCUUUCUUUUGCCGAAAUAAUGUUUCUUUCGUUCUCUCCUUAUUUUUUUAAAUAUUUAUCUCGUUACACAGUAUUUUCGUGCCUCUCUCUGCCUCUGCCUCUCUCUCUCUCUCUCUCUCUGUCAGUCUCUGUCUCUUUCUCUCUUUCUCUCUUUCUCUCUCCCAUGUGUGAUUUCUUUCUUUCCCGUGUAUUCUAUCCUUCUUUUAUUUUCUCAACGUAUUUAUCUCGUUACAAUUUAUUUUCAUGUUUAUUUUCUUUCUUUCACUCUCUCUCCCUCUGUCUCUCUCUCUCUGUCUCUCUCUCUCUCUCUCUAUAUAUAUAUAUAUAUAUAUAG